ACACAAUAUAUCGAUAUCCGGGUAAAAUUUAAUAGUCACCACUAAAAACACAUAGCAGCUGUUUCCAGAAAAAAAAUAUUUUUUGAAUAACAAUAAUAAUCAUAAAGAAAGUAAAGUAUUUUAUUUACACAAACGUUAAUUACUAACCAUGGAGAGGCUGAACGAUGACUGCGUGUGCCACAUACUCGAGUUCCUGCCCCUCGUGGAGCAGAUAAAAAUGGCCCGGCUAGCGCCGCGGUUCCAGGAGCUGCUCUGCCUGAUUGUGUGGCGAAAGCCGCGCUACCGCAAGGUUUCCGUAUCCGAUUCCAUGCUGGAGCCGCUCAGCAAGGAGGACUACGUCUAUUUCUUCGAGCUGACAAGCCCCGCGAUGGAGGAGCUGUACAUUUGGAACGUGCACAAGAAGGCCUUUGACUCGUACUUGGGUCGCCAUCUGAUGAGACCCGAGCUGGCCUUCUACCUCCGCAGGGACUUCAGCAAUCUCCGGGAGCUCUGCAUCGCGGACGAGAGCAUGAACAACGGCAUGAUCCACACGAUAGCCAAGAGCUGUCGCCAGCUGCGCAGCCUGAGCGUCUCCAGUGCCUACGUUACGGGGAAACAUAUCACUGGUUUGACCAACCUGGAGACUCUGGUGGCGCCCGAAUGUUCCGUGGAACUGUCCUACCUGGUAGAGCUACUGGAACAGCUCCCACUGAAGCACCUGGACCUCACCUCCAACCGGCAUCCCGUUGAGGCGACCAUCCUGCAGACAGAGGGCAGCAAGCGACUAGAGCGCCUCGGUAUUUCGGAUGCCCAGGACUUUGGCUUCCCGCUGGCCGAUAGCCUGCCUCACCUGACAACGCUGGUCGUCAGCUACCACAAGGUUAGCCCCGAGAAUCAGCUGGUUAUGCUAGAGUCGACGCGUCAAAGGGUAAAGCAAUCCGAGAGGAAAUUUCCCAAGCGCCUGCAAUCCAUCUUGUGCAAUGUGGUGGAUGUGGAGGUGGCCCUCGAGCAGAUUGCAGGCCUUGAGAAGCGCCAUCCGAGGGACACCCCAAAGUUUAACGAACUGCUUAAAAUAAUGUAUUUCUUGUCGGAUCCGCAGGACGGAGAUAAGAAGUAACCUUGAAAUCGCAGGGGAUCUUCGUCAGACCUGCCCCCAUGUUUGCCCUUGUAAAUACAUAAAUAGGUACUAGACGUCACCCAAGUGACAAGUGGAACUGAUAUGUUUAUCUGCUACUAGCUGCUCCCUAGUGUAAUUAUGUGUCUUUGCAGAUAAGGCCUGUUUGUUCGGGUCUAUUAUAUUUACCAAUACGAUUUUGGCGCCAGUUUUAAAAGCUUGACUAAAUUAAAUUAUUCUACAUAUGCACAGGUUGUUACAUUUUAAAGUUAUUGUGAUUUGUUUUCUCUCAACCUUUGCUUCGAUAUGGUAAAAAAAAAUUGUUUGUUCCUGGCAAACGUGUUAUCUUAUUCUACAUUUUAAAUAUUUCUGUUUAUCGUAGAUGUGUUAAUGUAUCGCCGUCAUAAAUGAGUUUAUUUUUCUGCCAAAGACUUCCCAGAAGUUCGCAGAAUUUUGCUUGUAUCCGGCAGUUUUCUGAAAAGUACUGCAUUACUCAAAAUGUAUUUGCUAAAAUAUAAAAAGAGGCUUAAGAGCUUAAUCCACAUUUUUAUUUGAAGCAAAGAAGAUUAAUAAAAUAAUGCAGAAGAUUCCUAGAUAAAAAGUUAGUUUAAUUCUUGAUAAUAUCUGGUCAAAUUAAUCCACCAAAAGGGUAUUCACGAUUGCGGUGAGCCUGAAUCUAGUCAGGUAAUUCUGUAUGUUGUUGGGUUCCGCGUGCACUCAAUAGCUGCACUG